UUAUUAUUUGGUAAUGUGCUAUUGUUUGGAUAUACCACGCUGUGCUUGUUCAUUUGCCAGUUAAUGGUUUUUAUGGAUUAUUUCCAGUUUUUGACUAUUAACAAAGGUUAUCAAUCAUUGGUCCAAUUUCUUAAAAAAAAAAGGCUCAUCAGGGUGUCUAUUUCUUCUGGUGUGAGUUUUGGUAAAUUGUGCCUUUUAAGAAUUGGUCCAUUUCAUCUAGGUUAUCAAAUUUAUGGGCAGAGAGUUGUUCAUAGUAGUCCUUUAUUAUACCUUUAAUGUCCGUGGGAUCUGUAGUGAUGCUCCCCUUCCAUUUCUGAUAUUAGUAAUUUGAGUCCUUUCUCUUUUAUUCUUAGUUAGCCUGACUAGAGGUUUAUAGGUUUUAUUGAUCUUUUCAAAUUCAAUUAUUUUUAACCUUAAUAAUUUCAUAAAAUAGCACAUUUGUUUCCAUUGUGAUGCCCCAGUGCCAACAUUAAGUUUAUAAGCUCAGCAGUAAGUUAUAAUUUUAAUUCCACUGUGAAGUUAAUUGCUCAUCUUUUGUGUUAGGUGCAGUGCUGGGCUCUGGGAUACAUGGAAAAUCAGGAGAGACUGGGCCUCUGCCCUCAGAAGCCUAAUUUCACACAGGAUUCUGUAAGCAGAGAGCACCUUAGCAGUCAGGGCUGGGUGGGCAGGAGCCAGAAGAAUGGCCACAAUGACUUCAGCAGUACUGGUGGACAUACGAGAUGAGGUGACCUGCCCCAUCUGCCUGGAGCUCCUGACAGAACCCGCGAGCAUAGACUGUGGCCAUAGCUUUUGCCAAGCCUGCAUCACAAGGAUCAGCAAGGAAUCGAUGAUCAGCCAAGAAGGGGAGAGCAGCUGUCCUGUGUGCCAGAGCAGCUACCAGCCUGGGAAUCUGCGGCCUAAUCGGCACCUGGCCAACAUAGCAGAGAGGGUCAGAGAGGUGGUGUUGGGCUCUGGGAAGCAGCUGAAGGUGAAUCUUUGUGCACAUCAUGAAGAAAAACUCCAGCUCUUCUGUAAGGAGGAUGGGAAGCUAAUUUGCUGGCUCUGUGAGCGCUCUCAGGAGCACCGUGGUCACCACACGUUCCUCAUGGAGGAGGUUGCCCAGGAGUACCAGGAGAAGUUCCAAGAGUCUCUGAAGAAGCUGAGGCAAGAGCAGCAGGAAGCUGAGAAACUAAAAGCUGUUAUUAGAGAGAAGAGGGUAUCCUGGAAGAAUCAGAUGGAACCCGAGAGACACAGGAUUCAGUCACAGUUUAAUCAAUUGAGAAGCAUCCUGGACAAAGAGGAGCAGCGGCAACUGAAAAAGCUGGAGGAGGAGGGGAGGAAGGGGCUGAGUAUUAUAGAAGAGGCUGAGGAUGAGCUGGUCCACCAGAGCCAGUCGCUGAGAGAGCUCAUUUCCGAUCUUGAGCGUCGGUGUCAGGGGUCAACAAUGGAACUGCUACAGGAUGCGAGUGAAGUCACAGAAAGGAGUGAGUUCUGGACCCUGAAGAAGCCAGAAGCUCUCCCCACCAAGCUGAAGAGUGUGUUUCGGGCCCCAGAUCUGAAAAAGAUGCUGCGAGUGUUUAGAGAGCUGACAGAUGUCCAAAGCUACUGGGUGGAUGUGACUCUGAAUCCACACACAGCUAAUUUAAAUCUCGUCCUAUCCAAAAACCGGAGACAGGUGAGAUUUGUGGGUGCUCAGCUGUCUGGGUCCCAUCUGAAAGAGCAUUAUGACUGUGGUAUCCUGGGCUCUCAACACUUCUCCUCAGGAAAACAUUACUGGGAGGUAGAUGUGGCCAAGAAGACUGACUGGAUCCUGGGGGUGUGCAGUAAUACAGAAGGACCUCCAUUCUCUUUCAACCAGUUCAUAAACAAUCAGAACGUUUACUCCAGAUAUCAACCUCAAAGUGGAUACUGGGUGAUUGGGUUACAUCAUAAACAUGAAUAUAGAGCCUAUGAGGAAUCUUCUGCUUCCCUGCUCCUCUCCAUGAUGGUGCCCCCUCGCCGCAUUGGGAUUUUCUUAGAUUAUGAGGCUGGCACCGUCUCCUUUUUUAAUGUCACAAACCAUGGCUUCCCCAUCUACACCUUCUCUAAAUAUUACUUUCCUACUACCCUUUGUCCAUAUUUUAAUCCUUGUAACUGUGUAGUCCCGAUGACCCUGCGUCGCCCAAGCUCUUAAACGUUCUGUUCUCACCCACAUCUGAGCAGUAUCCUUUAUUCUGAGACUUAUCUGCACCUCCAUCUCUCUCUUUUGCCCUUCUCUUUUUCUGCAUUCUUACUUCUUUCCCUGUGAACAUUUACUCAAUGCUAGAAUGCACCCAGUGGUGAUGGUGAGCAUCCUUGAUGAAUUAAUUACAUAUCUUGAAAUGAGUAGGGGAUAGUUUUCAACAUUUUACCAUUAAACAUGGUAUUUGAUAAAGAUUUGUUUUGUUGAUGCAUGGGAUCAUUUUAGGAAGUUCUCCUCUAUUAAUUUGCUGUAAGUUUUUGUAGUGAAUGGAAAACUGAAUUUCAAGAGAUAUUGUCUCUGUAAUUAUUGAAAUAAUCGUGUCAUUUUUCUUCUGUUAUUGGAGUACAUUCAUUUGUUUUAAUUUUUAAAUCUAACACAAAUUCUUGAAAUAAAUCACUAGUUUUCCCCAAAUGCAAUACUGGAUUUGUUUUUGCUAAUACACUGUUUAGGAUUUGUUUUCAUCUCUGUUUAUGAAGGAAGUUGACUUGUAAUUUUACAUCAUUGUAACAUUGUUGUCAGGCUUUUAUAAAAUGCAAUUAAUGAGCAAAAAAUCCUGUAUUUUUGUAUAAGUGUACAUACAAGAUUGAGUGCUAAAUACUAUUAUACUGCUAAUUUUGGUGACUUUAAAUUCAAAUUAAAGAAAGAGAGUGGAACUUCAGUUUUCACUACAGCCUUCAUAGAUCUUAAAAAUUUAAGGGUAGUAAUUGAAAAAGUAAAACAAAAAAUCUUCCAAAUGCAUUGAAGUGAAAAAAGGUGAAAUGAAGAAAAUGAUCAAUAAAGACUUUUCUCCCAGAAUGGGAGGAAAAUGUUAAGAGGAAAUAAUUAAUAUAAAGCACUUUUAGGUAGAGAAUGACUUUUUCCAGCUUCUUCACUCCCCUUUUUCUUUAUUAUACUCUAACAUGAACAGCUAGUGAAUGAGUGUCUAUCACUGAUAGAAAGGUGCUGUAUGCUUUUGGAGCCAACUGUAAAAGAUGUUAUGAGGUGGAUGUGAGGGUGGAAGUGAAUAUCAAGGAGUUGACUAGAGAUGGCCAUCUGGCAUGGUAGCCAAGAGCCACCAGUGGCUAUUGAGCAUUUCAAAUAUGACUAUUCUGAAUUGAGAUGUGCUGUAAGUGUAAAAUGCACACCAGAUUUUGAAGACUUAGUUCAAAAAAUAAUGUAAAAUCUCUUAUUAAUAACUUUUAUAUUGUAGAUUGCAAUGAUAACAUUUUGAAUAUAUUGGAUUAAAUAAAAUAUAUAUGAACUUCA